AUCCACCCUUCUUCUUCUUCCUGCUUCCGCCACCGCCGAAGGGAUUUCCCCUCGAUCUCCCUGCUGCAGCCCCCGCCGCCGGAUCCAAUAACCCCCAAACCGUCGACCGCCAAGAGGAACAGUAGCAGCCCGCACAAAUCACUGACACGACUCCUCGAGGUUCCCUACACGGCCUCCGAUUUCAUCGAUUGGGGCGACCACAUGACUCCCACACUAUCCCCAAGCGGGACAUCUCCGGGCGGUGGCGCGAGCUCCACGGAAUCGACGAUUGGGACGGCCUCCUCGAUUGAUUAGUCUGCUUCCUCUAUUGGUUUCGUCUCCUUAGCUAUAUAAAAAAGAAGUUAACAUUGAACGAAGAGGAGCAGAGCAACAACAACAACAAAGAAGUCCAACAGGCAGUUAGCUAAUCGAAGAACGAUGGCGGAGAAGCAAGUGAUGGUGGUGGGGAUCGACGACAGCGAGCACAGCGUCUACGCUCUGCAGUGGACUCUGGAUCAUUUCUUUACUCCCCUCCCGGCCGACGCCUCCCUUUUCAACCUCGUCCUCGUCCACGCCAAACCCACCCCCACCUCUUUCGUGGGUCUCGCCGGCCCCGGCGCCACCGAAGUGCUGCCGUAUGUGGAUUCCGAUUUGAAAAAGAUAGUCGCCCGAGUCGUGGACAAGGCCAAGCAAAUCUGCAACGAUCACAAAUCGCUUAAAGAAGCAGUAUUCGAAGUAGUGGAAGGGGAUGCUCCUGCUGGCUUGGCUCGCUCAAUAGAACUCCAGUCUUCAAUUAGCAGAGGAAAGACCAUCAAUCCAUCAAUCCGCCGGGAAGCUGGGUCGAUUGGGUCGAGGAGGCCGUCCCAAUCGUCGAUUCCAAGGAGGCUACUGUUCCUCUUGGCGGCCGAUGGUUUGGGGGUUAUUGGAUCCGGCGGCGGGGACUGCAGCAGGGAGAUCGAGGGGAAAUCCCUCCGGCGGUGGCGGAAGCAGGAAGAAGAAGGGUGGAUUGGUCACGGGUUCGAUUUCUGGGUGGGUUAAUGGUUUUUUUUAGGUUGGGUGGGUUGGGUUGUGUUUAUAUGAGGUGACAUGUUUUUCUGACGUGGCGGGUCAAUUUUUGUUUUUUCUUGGGUUAAAAUUGGGUGACUAGGCAUUUCUGUUAGCCACAUCAGCAGUUAACUGACGGCACUAACGGAGUCCGACAGAGGUUAACGGAGAGUGACCAAACUUGGAUUGUUCAACUAAUUUAAGUGACUACGAAUGGAAUAAACGAAUUCGAGUGAC